CUAGACCCGCCAUUUUACUUGCGCAAGUUUUUCCUACACAUGUUGAAGCAUGCUUGAGGAAGUACUCUUGCGCACCUGUGCGUUUCAAGUAUGGAGGUACCUCCAUGGUUUCAAGGGUCUGCCAACUUACGUUUGGUAGUGUUUUAACUUUUUAAACUUUCAAUGGCUGACGCUGGUGUGACAGAUGUGGUGCAGUGGAAAAAACGAGAAAGACCUAAACUUAAUAAUGAUCAUGUUUUAAGAAAACGUUUACCACCACGCUUACCCCGCCGGAAACAGGACAUUUAUAUCACAAACAAAUCUAAUUACAAGGGUCAGCUGGCUCGUAGUGAGAAGCUUUUGGAGAGUGGUGAGCCAGAAAUUGUAAUUCACGGUCUGGGCGCAGCCGUUACCAGAGCUGUCAACCUCGCACUUCAGCUUAAGGAGAAGUUCCUUGGGACGGUUGAGCUUUCUGUAAAUACCUCAACAGUGGAUAUCGUUGGAUGGCUUACAACUUGCGUCCCGCUGUGCGAUACCGAAGAGGAGAGUGUGAAACCAUUACCAAUACUCAUCAACAAACCCAAGAUGACCUGGAACCAUUGGAGGACCACGCUGAGUACGAAACAAAUACUCGUCAAAAUUCUUCAGUUCACAUUCGUGUGUUUCGGAUAGCUUUAAGUGGUGCUAACACAUAAACAGAGUAGUGAUGUUCUUCUCAUUGGAUGAAUUAGUUCGUUGGCUAGGACUUACGAUUUUUGAGUUAUGGAUACAGUUGAAUGCUGUGUUAGUCUUUUCAUUGUUGCUAGCU